CUCUCAAUUUCAUCAGAAAGGGAAGAAAAAGAUGUCUGAUUAUUUUCCAGUAGAAGUGAUCAUCGAAAUCCUCAAGAGACUCCCAGUGAAGUCCCUAGUGAAAUGCAGGUCAGUUUGCAAGACCUGGAACAGUCUCAUUUCCGACCCAUCGUUCGUUUCAACUCAUCUCCAAGCUUCCCUUUCCAGACCACCGAACAACAAUCCCUUACUCCUCAUCAGGUGCUCUAAGAACGGCAAAGAAAACUAUUUUUUACACUAUGAUAAUGAUGGGUUUGAUGAGUUUAAGAAGCUUCAGUUCCCUGUCUUUGACUGUGUGUCUUAUUCUGUAGUCGUUGGUUCUUGCAAUGGAUUGAUUUGUCUUAGUUUUCUUCCUCAUGAUGUUCUGAAUUUCGUUUUCUGGAACCCUUCGAUUCACAAGUACGUUUCUUUGCCUCAGCCUAGCAUUUGCUGCUAUAGUCCUGAUGUGCAUUUAAAAUCUGGGUUCGGGUUUGAUUCGAGAACCAAUGAUUACAAGCUGCUUAUUUUUGGGGUUGAAAAGGGUGACAAUUUGAUUCAACCUUGUUUGUUUUCACUGAAUGAAAAUUGUUGGAAAGGGGUUGCUGCCAUUUCUCCUAAUUAUGCUGUUGAAGCUGACAUCUCAUCAACUUUCGUUAAUGGAGCUGUUCAUUGGUUAGGUUAUCAGAGAAGAAACAAUAGCGGGUUCAGUAAUACGAUUCUGGGGUUCGAUCUAAGUGCUGAGGGGUUUUUUGAGAUAAGUUUGACUGAGAGCUUAAUCGGUUUGUGUCCUAUGGAUUUGUCGACUAUGAAGUAUGGGGAAUCUUCCAUUGCAGUGCUUAAUAGAGACUGGGAAGACGGUGAGUUGCUUGAGUUGUGGGUCAUGAAGGAGUACGGUGUGGUCGAGUCAUGGACUAAGGUGUUGGCAUUACAUAUGUUUGAUCAAAGUGGAUGGUUUCCGAGGGUAUUGGGGUUUCGUAACAAUGGGGAAGCUUUAUUGCAAGUGGGUGAUGGAGAGAUGGCUUCACUCGAUUUGAACCGCCAGCUAAUUGAGCCUCAUGGAGUUGAGGUCGGGGAAGGGUUACUAUGGGUCGGUAGUUACGUGGAGAGCCUGGUGUUGCUCGACAAAGCGAUCGACGUCCCCUGUGUGAGCGAUGCAAAUCAUGCUAUAGAUUCAAGUGAUUGUGAUGAAUCAAGUUGGGGAGAGAGUGAUGUAACAUAGGACUGGACCCCAAGGAACCACUAAAAUAUAUGGGCCAUUGGAGAAUAUGUCUGCCUAACUGCCUUUUUCGUUGAGGAGAAGAGCUUCCAUCUAGUCUUUUUCUUUGUCGUGUACUGCAUUUUUUUUGCAUGUUUAGUUAGAAUAGACUCCCGGGUGUACCGAGUCACCCUGAUGUAGUUUUCAUAUUAACAUCUAUUUGAGUUACACAUAUGGUCUUGCCAAUCUUGAACAGCCUCUUUAAAGAACUUUUAGCGUAUAAAUUAGAGAGGAAACCAAAUAUUUGGUUGUUUUUCUUCUUCUUCUUCCUUUCGGUACAAAGAAGACCUUGUAGGUUGGAUGGAUUAUGGAAGAUACCACCAUGUAAAGGUGAUUGCGUGAACCGCCAAGCUAAGCCUUCGGUUCUGGCGUAAUAUUUUAACUGAGUUGAUGGAGAAUAUGUCGUAUCUGAAGACUUCACAUAAUAUUGGCUAGAUGCUUUCAGUGCAUGCAGGGCUUGAUAACCAGUAGCGAUGACAAGUCGUAAAACGAUGCUGCUUUACUCUGGCCAUUAUGUUUUAAGCUUUGAUGCUUGAAUUCAAAGAAUGUGCACCAUGACCGCUUAUGAUGUUUUGGUGCUUUGUUUCGGAACUGUUUGAGGAUUGAAGGAAAUUGAUAA